AUGGGUCUUCCUGCCCUGGAGUUCAGUGACUGCUACUUGGACAGCCCUCAGUUCAGGGAGAGACUCAAGUCCCAUGAAUUGGAGCUGGACAAGACCAACAAGUUCAUCAAGGAGCUGAUUAAAGACGGCAAGGCGCUGAUCCAGGCUUUGAAAAGUCUAUCAACGGCCAAGAGGAAGUUUGCAGACUCUCUCAACGAGUUUAAAUUUCAGUGUAUCGGAGAUGCUGAGACGGAUGAUGAGAUAUGCAUAGCCAAGUCUCUUCAGGAGUUUGCAGCAGUCCUACAGAACUUGGAGGAUGAGAGGACACGGAUGAUCGAGAAUGCCAACGAUGUGCUGAUUAUGCCUCUGGAGCGGUUCAGGAAAGAGCAGAUCAGUGCAGCCAAGGAAGCUAGGAAAAAAUAUGACAAAGAGACAGAGAAGUAUUGUGCAGUACUGGAAAAGCACCUUAGUCUUUCAGCAAAGAAGAAAGAGUCACAUCUACAUGAGGCGGACAACCAAGUAGAUAACGUACGGCAGCAUUUCUACGAGGUUUCUCUGGAGUACGUCUUCAAGGUGCAGGAGGUGCAAGAGAGAAAGAUGUUUGACUUUGUGGAGCCUUUGUUGGCAUUUCUCCAAGGUCUGUUCACCUACUAUCACCACGGCUAUGAGCUGGCAAAAGACUUCAACCACUUCAAGACUGAUCUUACCAUCAGUAUACAGAAUACGAGGAACCGCUUUGAGAGUACACGGUCAGAGGUGGAGUGUCUGAUGAGAAAGAUGAAGGAGAAUCCACAUGAGCACAAGAGUGUCAGCCAGCACACCAUGGAGGGAUAUCUGUUUGUUCAGGAGAAGCGCUCAUUUGUGUCUACCUGGGUGAAGUACUACUGUACGUACCAUCGUGAGCCUAAGAGGGUCACCAUGGUCCUAUUUGACCCUAAAUCAGGAGGGAAAACGGGAGAAGAGGAGAAUUUCACCCUCAAGUCUUGCACCAGGAGAAAGACAGACUCGAUAGAAAAGAGGUUCUGUUUUGAUGUGGAGGCUGUGGAUAGGUCGGGAGUGAUCACCAUGCAGGCUCUGUCAGAAGAAGACCGCAGGUUGUGGAUGGAAGCCAUGGAUGGGAGAGAACCGGUGUACAAUCUGAACAAAGACAACCAGGCUGAAGGAUUGGCACAGCUGGAUGUGAUAGGGUUCAACGUGAUGAAAAAAUUCAUCUAUGCGGUGGAGACUCGAGGUAUUGACGAGCAGGGAUUGUACAGAAUCGUCGGUGUCAGCUCCAGAGUACAAAAACUACUUAGCCUUGCAAUGGAUCCUAAGACAUGUGCUGAUGUGGAGCUGGACAGCCCAGAGUGGGAGAUUAAGACUCUGACUAGUGCUAUCAAGCACUAUCUCAGAGUGCUUCCUGGUCCUCUCAUGACAUACCAGUAUCAGAGGAGCUUCAUCAAAGCUGCCAAGCUGGACAACCCAGAGGCCAGGGUGACAGAGAUCCAUGCUCUGGUGCACCGGCUGCCUGAGAAGAACAGACAAAUGCUGGAGCUUCUAAUCAAACACCUGGCCAAUGUGGCCAGUCACCACCAGCAGAACCUGAUGACCAUUGCUAAUCUGGGUGUGGUUUUUGGUCCGACUCUGCUCCGGCCUCAAGAGGAGACAGUGGCGGCCAUCAUGGACAUCAAGUUUCAGAACAUAGUAGUGGAGAUCCUCAUAGAGCACCAUGAGAAGAUAUUCAGGGACAUGCCAAGUUCUGGAGGAGGUUUGACCAACACACAGCUCAACCUGUGCAGGAGGAGAAGCACUGAGAACAAAGCCCCGUCCUGCAGCGAGAGGCCUCUCACACUCUUCCACACACCAACACAUUCUCAGAAAGGUGAGAAGAGGAACAGUGUUGUUAACACCACAGUUGCUGAGCUCCAGCAGCCUGUCUCCAAUAUAGCCAACUGUAACAGCAGCAGCAGUAGCAGCAGUGGCAGCCAAGGUCGAACACCAAGACACAGCCUGACCAGCAAUGAUGGAGAGCAGGACACCCGGCAGAUCCGGCCCAGCUCACUGCUAAACCCAAGGAAUCGUGGAAGUAUACCAACCAGUGCAACGUCUCCCAGCCCCACCUCACCACGUUCUCCCUCUUGGCCGAUGUUUUCAGCACCGUCAAGUCCACAACCGACAUCUUCCACCUCCAGUGACUCCUCCCCUGUCAGUAUUGCAGGCAGGAAGGCUCGAGCGCUGUAUGCCUGCAAGGCAGAGCAUGACUCUGAGCUGUCCUUCAUUGCUGGGACCAUCUUCGAGAAUGUUCAUUCCUCCAGGGAGCCUGGCUGGCUGGAAGGGACUUUGGAUGGUCGAACAGGACUGAUACCAGAAAACUAUGUGGAGUUUUUAUAGUCCAGGGCCUAGAAAAAGACAAAGAGCUGAACAAGAUCUACUGGACUGGAGUAGAACAAACUGGAUUAGAUUUGACAGAACAGACGUGUUAAGAUCGUAUACAAUACUGGACUGGAUAAUUGUUGAUAAUUAGACUGGGAAUUGAAACUGGACCAAGCAGAACCAUAUUGAAUGGAUAUGAUGCAGGAGCAGAGUGAAUUGGACUGGGGUGAGACCCCUGAGUUGCACUGGAAAAAAAGAAGAAAAAAAAAGGAAACUCAAUGUGGUUCCGGCUUUUAUUGAAUUAGUGUGGA